AUGUUGAAACCCCAUAAUGAUGAUCGUUUUCUUGCUGAUCAUUCGGGUAAGGACUCCUCGAUAGAAGUGAGUACCAUUAUGGACGCACCAUUUCUCUCUACGCCACAAGAGAAGGACAGAAACGACCCAAUAACAAUUUCCUUUCAUCACGCCUCAAUGAAGAACGAGGUAGAAACUAGUAGGGUGGAGUCAUCCAAUUCCCGAAAGAAUCAAGAAUGGCUGCCAUCCUCAACUAUUAUGAAAGGCUGUUUUCAACCGAUUGUUUUUGCAGCUGUUGCUUCUUGUUGUUGUUUUCUAUUGAUCCUUGUAUUAAUCAUAUUGACUUUCAUCCAUCCGAGUCGUGAAGACUUUCUCUCAUCAUCAACCAUACAGAGGUCAUCACCCCUUAAUAGGAAUUCAUUAUUUUCAACAUCAUUGUCAAGGAAUCCACACGCAAUAAGGAGUAGGAAAGUCCGAAAAUCUUCUUAUGGAGAUCCUCAACCACUCGAUCAAUACGAUGAUGCCAGCAGCUCGACAUUUCUCACUUCAUUGGUGUGUCCCUUCUCAAUUUAUGGCUCUCAAUGGUAUGAAUAUUGGAGCAAUCGCAACAAAUCGAACAGUAAUCAUUCCAAACUUUUCUCCCAAACGGAGGCAAUUGUGAAUGAAUAUUUGCCCCUGUACAAUCAAACAGAAUGGGUAUUCAAGUUUCCCAAUCAAUCGAGCCCUCUUUCGUGCCCAGCAAUUACUAUUAACGAGAGGAGCAAAUCUGUUUUGAUUAAUUAUCAGUAUGAUGCAGAUGUUUCUUUCUACUAUGGGAAUAUUGAAGCUUAUUGCCCUCAAGAGGACUUUCCAUAUGAUUCUAUUUGUGACAGGAUGUUUUGUUUUUCUCAGGACAUGCUCAAUGAACUGGAGCAAGCAACUAAUGAUUCCAAAAUCUUUGACUAUGGCCUCAACUUGACGUCGCUUCUCGUUAAGGAUAUUGAUUUAAUUCCCGAAGGACCUUUGUAUACUCAACAAUUAUCGCUUUCUAUCAUGUUUUCAUGGAUGGAGAGCUACUUGAAAGGAGCCAAAAUAUCAUUCAAUCCCAUACUCUCAGAGUCAAUUUGGAACAAUAUUACUCAGUUUGAUUCCAGAAUUAGAGGAAUAUAG